AAAAAAAAAGAUGUUCUGCUUUUAAAUUUGAACUGCUCGCAUCUUGGCAAAUCGCGGGUUUUCAUUUUGUUGCGCUCGAGUUAAUCUGUUCGUCAUGGCAUCGACAAUGGCAUCUGGCCUGCAUUUUGCAACAGUAAGACCCUAUGUAUCCUCUUCGCGCCAAGCUUUUAGACUAGGUGCCACAAUUCUUGGUUACGACAAUAAGGUGGCAUCGUGGGCUGAGCUUGCUAGCACUUGUCAUCUAUCAUGUAUGCUACCCUUCCGAGGAAUUUCUUCGUCAUCAGGGGUGAAAUCAGAUAAGCCUGUGACAAAGGCCAUGUCUGAAGAUAGUCAAAGCAAGCCUUCGUCAGGUUUGCCAAUUGACUUGAGAGGAAAGAGGGCAUUUAUAGCGGGCAUAGCUGAUGACAAUGGUUAUGGUUGGGCAAUAGCAAAAUCUCUUGCUGCUGCUGGGGCUGAAAUUCUUGUUGGCACAUGGGUGCCUGUUUUGAAAAUCUUUGAAACCAGCCUGCGGCGUGGAAAGUUUGACGAAUCACGUGUGUUGCCAGAUGGUUCUGUCAUGGAGAUCUCCAAAGUAUAUCCUUUAGAUGCUGUAUAUGACAAUCCUAAUGAUGUCCCUGAAGAUGUUAAAACAAACAAGCGUUAUGCAGGAUCCAACAACUGGACUGUUCAGGAAGUGGCAGAAUCUGUGAAGCAGGACUUUGGCAGCAUAGACAUUCUUGUUCACUCACUUGCAAACGGGCCAGAGGUAACCAAGCCUUUGUUGGAAACAUCGAGGAGGGGUUAUCUUGCGGCAAUAUCUGCUUCAAGUUACUCCUAUGUUUCAUUACUCAAGCAUUUUAUGCCGAUAAUGAACCCAGGUGGUUCUUCCAUAUCACUUACCUACAUUGCUUCUGAGAGGAUCAUUCCAGGGUAUGGUGGAGGAAUGAGUUCUGCAAAAGCUGCUCUAGAAAGCGACACACGAGUGCUUGCUUUUGAAGCAGGAAGAAAGAACAGAAUUAGAGUGAAUACUAUAUCGGCGGGUCCUUUAAGAAGCCGUGCGGCAAAAGCAAUCGGAUUCAUUGAUAUGAUGAUAGAGUAUUCCAUGGCCAAUGCUCCUUUGCAGAAAGAACUGUCUGCAGAGGAGGUGGGGAACACUGCUGCAUUCUUGGUAUCGCCUUUGGCUUCUGCCAUAACGGGAGCCGUUAUAUACGUCGACAACGGCCUAAAUGCCAUGGGAAUCGGAGUCGACAGCCCGCUAUUCGAGGGCCUUGACAUACCAAAGAACAAGCACUGAAGAUUACAUAGUGAGCGCAUCAGAAGAGCGCGGCAUCAGAAGUUUUGCCAGCUCCGUUCAGUUUUGCUCUUUUUACUGGUAUCAUCAAAGGAAGGCCUUCCAAUUUAAGGCUCCAGAUUUUGUCCUUGA